AUGGAAAACAUAUUAAACUGGCGGCAUAUCCUACGUUCCCUAAGAAACAAAAAAGUACCUUCAGAACAAAUAACAUUAAAAGUUCUUGGACAAGAUAAUAGAGUUAUGCAAUUUAAAAUAGGAAAAAUAACCCAACUAAGUAAGAUGAUGAGUGCGUACUGUGAAAAUACUGGUAUUGCGUAUAACUCGGUAAGAUUUCGAUUUGAUGGACAACCGGUUAAUACAAUUGAUACUCCAGCUUCUUUAAAGCUUAAAGAAGGUGAUAUCAUAGAAGUGUUCCAACAGCAGACUGGAGGUUAAAAUGCUGUUAUAAUAGUAUUGUGAUUAUUGAAGCACGACUACUUUCUGUACACUAUUUUUGUAUUUUAAGAAAUGUAGAUAUAAGAUUGUUAAUAAAUUUGUACCAUAUGUUACUUGAAAUAAAACUACUAUAUAAAUUUGAAA